AUGGAAGUGAAUCCCUCGAAUGAGGUUGAAAAACCGAUUAGGAAAAACGGCUUGCACAAUAUUGAGCGAGGCAAGGAAGUUUCUUCGUAUGUAUGGAAUUGGGCAUAUACAUCUACGGUACCUUUUCAGUUACACGAGCAGCUGGACCAGGUGCGACAGGGGAACAAACCCGACUGCAUAUCCACCCAGGGGUUGAACCCUGACAAGGGGAACGGCCUAUCUGGUGAAGAGGAAGAAUUUAACGUGAAAUGA